AUCCAGACAGUCAUUUUGUUUCAUGUAGAAAAUGAUAAGGUUGAGUAACCUAAAUCAUAUGUUUGCACAUGCGCUAUUUGCGAAUAUUAUAUUAGGCCAAGUUUUAUUAGUGGAAAACGGUUGAUCAGUUUGGAGUUUGCAUAAGAGAGAGAUUGGUUAGAAAUGGCGACUAUAACACAGGGACUUCUUGUACUUUGCAUUGCAAUACUUUACUAUUACUGCUUUGUACGAGACAACACUUACAAACAUCACAGGGAGAUACUUUCGGAUACAAUCGAUGACGAAUACGAUUAUGUUAUUGUCGGGGGAGGAUCGGCUGGUUCCGUAUUGGCUUCAAGAUUGUCAGAAGACGACAAAACUCGCGUUCUUUUGAUAGAAGCAGGUGGAUUUUAUGACGAAAAUCCACAGUUCCACAUUCCAAUACAUUGGCUUGAUCUUGAAAAUACUAAACAUGACUGGGAAUAUUACACGGUGCCUCAAAAAGUUUCAUGUUUAGGGUUAAAGGAAAACAGAGGUUUUUGGCCUCGCGGGCGCGUUCUUGGAGGGUCAAGCGUUUUCAACGCUAUGCAAUACACUCGUGGCAGCCGUUACGAAUACGAUGAAUGGGCUGCAAACGGUUGCACUGGUUGGAGUUACAAAGACGUUUUGCCAUACUUUCUGAAAUCAGAGGACAUUCAAAUAGACGAAUUGAAAUCAUCAAUGUACCAUCACUCUGGUGGCCCAUUGGCAGUAUCUGGUGGCCGUGUAACAGAACUAUCAGAUAAGUACAUGAAAGCUGGACAAGAACUGGGUUUCAAUAUUACGGACUAUAACGGUGCUGACCAAGAGGGUUUCAACAGAAUUCAAGUUACUGUUAGAAACGGUGUUCGUGACGCAACUGGAUUAGCGUUCCUUGGACGAAUCGGUAAAAGAUCAAAUCUUGAUAUUGUUCUAGAAACAUUUGUUACAAAAGUUAACAUUAAAAAUAAAGAAGCUGAUGGUGUAUUUUACGUCCGAAAUGGUAGAAAGUCAUACGUAAGAGCUAAGAAAGAAGUAAUUUUGUCGGCGGGUGCUAUAAACUCACCACAGAUCCUUAUGUUAUCUGGGGUAGGACCAAAGGAGCAUCUAGAAUCAAUGAAAAUCCCUGUUCUUGUUGAUCUUCCAGUUGGCAAUAACAUGCACGACCACCAGAUGGUGUUUCUGUUUUCUAAGAUAACAAAACCAAUCAGUUUGUCUGAUGACCUUCUGAACAGUUUCUGGACUCGAUUGAGGUACAAUUUAUUUGGCACUGGUCCUCUAACUAUUGCAGGAUCGGAUGGUUCAGCGUUCUUCUAUAAUGACCAGUCAAAACGAGGGAAAUCGUAUGCAGAUGUCCAAGCUAUCAUAUUCAGUAAGUUUAUAGACGGAAACUUUUUUAACAUUAAAGACAGCAUUGCCAAGGAGUAUUUAGCAGAACAUGGAAACAUUGAAGGGUUCAACUUUAUUGUUAGUGUUACCCAUCCAAAAAGUCGUGGAACUUUACGUCUGAAAAGUUCGGAUCCGUUUGACUACCCUCUUUUAGAUCCUCAGUAUCUUACAGACAAAAGAGAUGUUGAAGAUUUUAUUGGAGGUAUUAGAUUAUGGGAAAGGUUUAUGCAAACAAAAACCAUGAAAAAACUUGGUGUUGACAUGAAUCAAAUGAAGUUGUCAUUUUGUUCACAACACAAGUUCCGCUCCGAUGAUUACUGGGAAUGUAUCGUGCGCCACCUAGCGUUGACGGUAUAUCAUCAUUCUUGCACGUGCAAAAUGGGCGCUGAUGAAGAUAAAACUGCUGUUGUAGACUCAAAACUUCGAGUAAAAGGUAUAAAAGGAUUGCGAGUUGUUGAUGCAUCCGUGUUUCCAGCAGUGACAUCGGGAAAUACAAAUGCCCCAGUGAUAAUGGUUGCUGAAAAAGCUGCUGAUAUGAUUCGUGGAAUAGAUUCUGUUAAAAGUAUUAGACAAAAUUUACCAAAUAAUAUUUGAUAUGUUAGAUCAUAUGUACAUUACAAAUUAAGUAAUUUGUACAUUUCAUAUGUGCUUUUGAUAAAAAUAAUUUAUUUUACACUUUAUUUGUAUAUAUAAGUGUUAAAUUUAAAAGAUUAUAUUAAUAAUAGUGAUUUACGAGCUAUUUUGUGGAAUAUUAAAUACUUAGUCUUCUUA